AUGGAAUAUUUAAGGACCCUUGGGUCUGCGGCCGUCUCGACGCUGGUGCAAAAGUCUGGCCUCAAUUUGCCAUUUUACCUUGGCACAAAAGUCGCGUCAGUCGACGGCCUUUAUACCCUUUAUGACGGAACUAAGAGGGAUGAUGGAAGCUUAGUGUCGAUCUUCGAAUAUGAACUGAACGAUUCCGCUAAGAAAAAUGCGAAGCCAUUGGCGCAGAAUGCUCUUCGGAAGCUGAGAACAACCCGCCAUCCCGAUAUCUUGAAGUUUAUGGAUGCCGUCGAGUCUGACAGCGUUAUCUAUAUCAUGACUGAACGUGUUCGUCCUUUACAGCCGGAGCUGUCAAAGUGGGCAUCUAAAAGUGCGCAAGAAAAGGAAGAUUGGCUUCUCUGGGGUUUGUAUCGAAUCUCUGUUCCACUCACAUUUCUGAAUGAAGCUUGUCAUUCGACUCACGGCAAACUUACGACAUCUUCAAUCUUUAUUUCUCCUUCGGGUGAAUGGAAGCUCGGAGGGUUGGAACUGACAAGCAAUCCAAAGGAAGAAAACUCGGUAUUAUAUACAAUGGGAGGACUCUUUUCUGGUUCUUCUUCUUGGGCCUCGCCCGAAGUCAAGCAAUCUGGAUGGCCUAUUUUGAAAGAGUUCCAUCCAGCAGUAUCAGACGCUUAUGCGCUCGGUUUACUUCUUCAUGCCGUAUUCAAUCCAUCGCACCCUCCGCCUGCCACUGCGCAACCACCUCACACACCACCUUCGUCCGCGUCUCGGGGAUCGAUACCUCAGUUGGUUUUUCCAUGCUACAAGAAACUCUUGAACCCCAGUCCCAAAAGUCGCAUGACCGCGAAGGAUUUUUUGAGCGUUGGGAUGGCUGAAACCGGAUUUUUCGUUUCUAAUCGGCUAGUAAAAGCGUGCCUGGGUUUAGAUAACUUAACUUUGAGUAGCGAGGCAGACAAGAAUCUCCUAUUACGCACUCUCAAGGAGACAGCAUCUUCGUUUCCUCCCGAGUUUGCUUCAUACCGCAUUCUUCCAUCCCUUUUAUCUGCACUGGAAUUUGGGGGAGCAUCUGCGGCUACCAUUCUCCCCCUCGUCCUUCAGUUUGGUGCAAACAUUUCACCAGAAGAAUACCCCAAUGUCAUUCUUACUCCUCUUAUCAAAUUAUAUUCAAGCCCUGAUCGUGGCACCCGCAUGGCUCUCCUCGAGCAUCUUCCAGAGUAUGGGGACAAGUUGGACAAGAAGAUGGUUUCUGAAAAAAUCUUUCCCAAUCUUCAAACAGGCUUCUCCGACACUGUUGCUGUGAUCCGGGAAGCCACCGUUAAAUCUGUCAUCUUGCUGGCGCCCAAGUUGAGCGACCGCUUGCUGAACAAUGACCUCUUACGCCUGCUGGCCAAGUUGCAAAUGGAUCCGGAGCCUUCAAUCAGAACUAACACAUGUAUUCUUAUUGGUCGCUUAGGUCCCUCUUUGGGAUACAACACUAAGCGGAAGGUUUUAGUCCCAGCAUUCUCGCGCGCUCUCAAAGAUACCUUUGUUCAUGCGCGUGUUGCUGGGCUCAUGGCGUUCAUGGCAACGAUUGAAUGCUUUGAGAUUGAAGAAAUGGCGGUGAAAGUGAUCCCAAACAUGUCUUUCACGCUCGUGGAUAAAGAAAAGCUAGUUCGCGACCAAGCUUUCAAAGCUAUAGACCUUUUCUUGCAAAAGCUUGAGAGCCACGUGAAAUCGAUGGUUUGUGGUUUUCAACUCCCACCCGUGCUUUCCUUGACCCUUCUAUAA